GUCAUGAGGAGCUCAACUGAAGGCUGGGAUGCCAUGCAGCUAAUAAUAACUACAAACGCUACCAUGACGGUGUUCUCCCUCGCCAUUCUGCUGUUUUUCAGAGGGUUUACUUUUUCUGAGGCAGGCAACUGUGAAGUGUGUGUGGACUUUCUCUACAGACUGUAUGGCAGUCUGAGCUCAGCCCACAGAGAACUCACUCCUUCCCUGGUGGAGGAAGAGCUGAUCCAGGCCUGCUCUGUCGCCCAGGGCAAGGAGGCGAGGCUGUGUUACUACCUAGGAGCCACUAGUGAUGCAGCAGCCCGCGUCACAGCAUCAGUGUCUCGACCUCUGGCCUCCCACGUCCCCGUUGAGAAGAUCUGCCAGCGCCUCAGCAGCACAGACACGCAGAUCUGUCAGCUCAGAUAUGAGCCUCAGCUGAAGGAUCUGAGCAGUGAUGGGCUCAAGAAGUUGAGAGUGUUGGAGCUGAGGAACAUUUUAGCCUCGUGGGGAGAAGAGUGUCGAGGCUGUCUGGAGAAACACGAGUUUGUCAGCCUCAUCCAGGAGAAAGCAGCGCUGCACGCUCACAGUAUGGAACUGUGAACAGUAGUUUGUAUCUUCUGCUCCUACCUGUCCACACAGCAAAAAGUCAAUUCACUCUUUUAUUCUCAAGGAUUAACCUACAGACCUUAUUUAUGUAAAUUGAAAAUGCCAGUAUGCACACUAGAAAGCACUACAUUGUUCCAUAUGGAAUGUGCCACAAACAUGAAGGAGCUGAUAUUGUUUUUACAAAUGUUUUCCAAGCUGAAAAUAGUUAUAUAUCCUGGAUUUCUUUGUUUCCAGUUCCCAAAUGACAAAUUUGUAUGUUUUAACAUUAUUAGUAACACAUUAGAGGCACAAACUGGGACACACAUGUAUUUGUGCUAAUGUGUACCUGACUCAUAGUAGCCACAGCAAUAGCAGCAUUGAUGCGUUGGAAGAUAGAAUUUCAUAAAAUGGUGAACAAGGCCCAUUAAAUGUAUCCAGAAGCCAAGGUGACAUCUUUAAAAGGCUUGUUUUAUUGGACAAACUCUCCAAAAGACAGAGAUAGUCAAUUUACAGUGAUAUAAAAUGGCGAUAAAAUUAGCUUUGGUGUGUCACUAUUUCAAAAUGGACUUAAUGUAUUAAUUUGCAUAUGUGUAUUUGGAUUUUUGCAAUUUUCUGUUGAUGUUUUAAUUAGCUAAUCGUUUCAGUUGCAUUUGAAAGCACAAUUAACUCAUUUGAGCCCACAUAUUGUUUUUUCCUCUAUGACACCAUGGGCAAUCUACAACCUCUUUUUUUAGUUCACAAAAUAAAUCUAAAGUUCUCAAAUAAUAAAUGUAAACGCAAUGAAAACGCAGGCUGAAGAUGGCAACAUUUUGAUUAGAAUCAGGAACUGAGAAUCUGAUCCAAGAGUAACUAAUGAAGAUGACAAAUCUGACCAGUUUUCAAUCCUGCUAAAACACAUUAGUCAGUACCAGAAACGGCCUGAUGGUUAAUACAGUUAUUUAGGAAUAUAAACACAAAACUUACUAAUUAUAUAAAGAGAUUUGAUUAAAAUGGGAUAUAUAAACAGGAGGAUGAGUUCAUGUAAAUGGAUUGUAAGAAAUUGCUCCAGUUGUUUCCUUCACAACAAUCGAUUCAAUAAAUUCAAAUGUGUUUUGUUA